UGACAAGUGAAAAAGGAGAAGACAUAAAGAAAUGGCUGCUGCACUUUUUUCCAAUACGCGGAUUUGUUAAACGAAAAUUAUUGACAAAAAAGUGAAUUAAUUAUUAGUUAAUUAAAUAUAAAAUAUUAACAAAGUAUUAAAAAGGUAUUACCAUAUAUAUAAUUAAAGAAAUAUUAUUAAAAAAAAUGAAUUUAUUAUGUAGUUAAUAAAAAGUUCAACAAACAAAAAAAUUUCCUAGAGCAAACGCCAUUGAAGAAUAGAAAAAGAAUAAAGUGCAUGAAGAGUGGAAAAAUCGGUGAAGAAAAAAAAAAGAAUAUGAUUAACUAGAAUUACAAAGAAGUGAAAAAGUGAAGUUUUUUAUUCAUUUAAAAUAGCUUAAACGAACAAAAGUUAUAAGAAUAAUUGUACAUAAAAGUGAUUUAUUGUAAAAAAAGCUCCAAUAUUUAUUAAAAAUUUAACACUAUACUACCGCCAUACAAUAUACGCAAAAUGUCCAGUGAAGAGGAUAAACCGCCAGCUCCACCUGUUCGCCUGACCAGCAACAGAGGCGGUGAUCGUGUUGGUGGCAGCUUGGGCUCAGUAACAGGUUCAGGCGAUGGUCCACCAGUGGAUAUGAGGCCUCUACCUAAAGAACCCGAUGAUCCUGAUCGUAAAAAGAAAACAUUGAAGAAUAAAAUAAAAGGUUCCAAACCAUCACAUCAAGAUUCUAAACCCAACAUUUCGUAUCCUACAAAUUUCGAGCACACAGUUCAUGUAGGUUUUGAUGCUGUUACGGGAGAAUUUACGGGUAUGCCAGAGGCCUGGGCACGUUUGCUUAUGAAUUCAAACAUAAGCAAACAGGAGCAAAAGAAAAAUCCGCAAGCUGUAUUAGAUGUGCUCAAAUGGUUUGACAACACAACCAAACAGAGGCCAAGUUCCAAAUACAUGACAAAUGCCAUAACAACACAUUCGGGUUCAUCUUUAAGUCGUGUUAGCAGCAGUAGUCCCAGCAGUACACCUACCGAUUCCGAAUUACACGGCUCCAAUAGCGGUGGCAAUUUAAUUGGUGUCAAUAUUGGCGGUUUAACUAUUGGUGGUGGUUCCAAUUCCAGCAAUGUUGGCUUAAAUAAUUCAACUGGUCUUGUAUCUAGUGGUUUAGGCAAUCAUCAACUUCAUACACCUCAAUAUCUUCAACAACAGCAGCAGCAACAUCAUCAACAUUCUCAUCAUCAUCAGCAACAACAGCAGCAGCAGCAGCAUCAUGGUCAGCAUCAACAUCAACCUGCUACAAUUAGUCAAUCGCAUUCGUAUAAUUUCGGUGGCAAUACAGCAUCAUCUUCCUCACAACAUUCGUCUGCCAAUGAGGAUGAUAUACUCGGUACACCACAACCACCACCGCCUCCAAUAGCCUCACGUCCCGAACGUACGAAAUCGAUUUAUACACGUCCCAUUGAAGAAGUUGUACAACCUGCUGUAGCUCCUAUGAUACCACCACCAACAGCGGCACCUGCCACCACACCAACAACACCCCAACACAAUAAUGUGGCUCAGCCCCAAUUUAAGACACCAACGCAUGUGUCCGCCUCGACUCUCGAUAAAAAUAAAAAUAAUGCAAAUUUGUAUACGCACGAUACAAAUACUAAUAACUUGACUGCAGCCUCUGCUGCUGGGGCUAAUGCUGCUGCAGCAUCGUCCAAUGCGGCCUCACCUGCUCAAGCGGCUACCACAGGUGCCGCCACCACCACCACGACGCCAGCAACAACUACGACAACACAACAACGAUCGGGCGCUGCGAAAAAGAAGAAAAUGUCGGACGAAGAGAUACUCGAGAAGUUGCGCACCAUUGUCUCGGUGGGUGAUCCGAAUCGCAAAUACACGAAAAUGGAAAAAAUUGGUCAGGGUGCAUCCGGUACCGUUUAUACGGCCAUUGAAUCUUCCACUGGCAUGGAAGUGGCCAUUAAACAAAUGAAUCUGUCGCAGCAGCCCAAAAAGGAACUGAUCAUCAAUGAAAUUCUCGUCAUGCGAGAAAAUAAACAUCCAAAUGUUGUCAAUUAUCUGGACAGUUAUUUGGUAUCGGAGGAACUAUGGGUUGUUAUGGAAUAUUUGCCGGGCGGCUCGCUGACCGAUGUGGUAACGGAGACUUGUAUGGACGAGGGUCAAAUAGCGGCCGUGUGUCGUGAAGUCUUGCAAGCUUUGGAAUUUUUACACUCCAAUCAGGUCAUACAUCGUGACAUUAAAAGUGAUAAUAUUUUAUUGGGUCUGGAUGGUUCAGUUAAAUUAACUGAUUUUGGCUUUUGUGCGCAAAUAUCACCGGAGCAAUCGAAACGCACAACAAUGGUGGGCACACCAUAUUGGAUGGCACCCGAAGUUGUUACCCGUAAACAAUAUGGACCUAAGGUCGAUUUAUGGUCUCUUGGUAUUAUGGCCAUUGAAAUGGUUGAAGGUGAACCUCCUUAUCUUAAUGAAAAUCCAUUGAAAGCCUUGUACCUCAUUGCUACUAAUGGCAAACCCGAGAUUAAAGAAAAAGAAAAACUCUCACCAGUAUUUCAAGAUUUCCUCGAUCAAUGUCUGGAAGUAGAAGUUGAUCGUCGUGCUAGUGCAAUGGAAUUGCUAAAGCAUCCAUUCUUAAAAUUGGCCCGUCCAUUGGCCAGUUUAACUCCGCUUAUUAUGGCGGCUAAAGAGGCCACCAAAAAUAACUGAUUAAAGCUACAACAUCAUUGAUUUAUGUUGAAAUUAUUUUCUUAAGUAUAUGUUUUAUUUCAAAAACAAAACAAACAACAAUAACAAAAUAAUUAUAUAAAUAAACACAUAUUUUACAUUUUCUUAUUAUUAUUAUUAAUAUUAUUAUAAUUUUGAUUAUAAAACUUAAAGAAAACAAAACAAACAACAAUAAGGAAACAACAAGAACAUUAAAAUUAUAUACAUAUUUACGUAUAAUUAUUAUUAUUAUUAUAUAUAUAAAUAGUUAUUAUAUACAAUAAACAAACAAAUAAUAAAAUAAAAUAAAAAGAAAUAGUAACGAAUGAAACAAAAAGAAAUUAUAUUGAAUGAAAUAAAAAUCCAUAAAUCAUCUUUAUAUUAUUAAAAAAUAAAUAAUAUAAACAAGAAAAAAACAAAACAUUUAUUAAAUAUUAUUAAACUUAUUAUUAACAUUUAACGAGAGAGACAAAACCGAAAACAACAAAAUAAAUAAUUACUUUAAUUAUAUUAUAUAUAUUUAUAGUUAUAUAUACAUUAAAGAAAUAAAUAUUAAAAAAAUAAUAUUAAAGCAAAAAGGCGUUAAACACCAUGUAUUUAAAAAGAAAACAAAAAACAAAAACAAUAAUAGUAACAAAACAAAAAUAAUACAUUAUUUUCUGCAUAAUCCCCCCACCACCAACUACUUUUGAUCCUUCUCUACACUUUUCAAAUUUAUUAUUUGUAACCCUCUUCAAUUGUAUUUUAAAUGUCCAACUUUUUAAUAUGAAUUUAUUUUCUCUUUUUCUCUCUUUAACCUCUUUAUUGUAUUUGCAUUUUAAGUUUAUAAGUUUAAAUCAUAAAAAUAUAUAAAGAAUAACUAAUUAUAUUUUAACGCUAAAUUAUCUUAUUGUUUUCUUUUUUGUGUUUUUUUAAUGACAAAGAAAAUAUUUUAACAUUUCUUUUUUAAGUUUAAAAUAAUUAUUUUUUACCACUACAACUUAUUUAAUUGUAACAAUAAUAUUAAUAGUAAUGAGCAUUUUAAAUGCCUUUUUUCAUUUUAAUGACAAUUAUUUUUUUAACAUUAUUAUUUUAAUUUGAGACUAAUUAUUAAUAAAUGAAAAUGAUCAAUAAAAUAACAAA